UCAUCGAGCUCAGCGACUCGGACGCCCAGUUCGUGAACAUCCUUUCAGCGAGCGUCGACAACGGCAAGCUCACCAAGACUCCCGAGGGCACAUUGCAGGCCGUGGACAAAGGCGAGUGCCUAAGCGAGUGCAGCGGGUCCAGCCAGGGCGAGGUAGCCGAUGCGGAACUCGCAGCCCAACCGCUGCACCGGCCGAGAGGACGCGAACCAGACUUGCAGUUCCCCUCGUCUUUCUGGCUGCAGUUCGUCGUCCUCCUUCAUCGUAUGCUGCAGCAAACAACGAGAAAUAAGACGGCCAUGCGGAUCCAGUUUGCCCAUCACACCAUGUGCUCCCUGAUGGUGGCCAUCCUGUACUUCAACGUGGCCCGUGACGGCUCACAGUUCUUCACGCACAUGAAGUUCUCCAUCGGCCUCGUCUUGUUCUACACCUACACACACGUCAUGGUCCCCGUCCUCGUGUACCCGUACGACGUAAAGCUGUUUAAGAAGGAGCACUUCAAUCGGUGGUACAGCCUCAACGCCUACUACGCGGCCCUGUGUGUAGCCAAGAUGCCCAUACAGUUUGUGCUGUCCACCUACUUCCUGUCCAUCAUCUACUACUUUUCCGGACUUCCGCUCGAGUUUGACCGCUUCGCCAUCAUGGCGCUGACGGGCAUCCUCAUCUCGCUGGUGGCUGAGGGCAUGGGCCACUCCAUCGGUGCUGUCUUCAGCGUGACGAACGGCUCGGCCGUGGGCCCCAUGCUGAUCGCGCCCUUUAUGGGGCUGGCGGUGUACGGCUUCGACUUCGCGCCGCAGAUCCCGUGGUACAUCAACGCACUCAUGAAGACGUCCUUCCUGCGGUCGGGCGUGGCCGCCUUCGUGCUGACCAUGUUCGGCUUCGGCCGGGAGACGCUCGACUGCAACGAGUUCUACUGCCACUUCAAGAAUCCGCGGUACGUGCUCCGCUUCCUCGACGUGGAGCACCAGAGCGCCUGGGGCGAGAUUGGCAACCUCGUCAUCCUGGGCGUCUUCUACCGCCUCACCUUCUGGGUCGGCCUGCGCUGGCGGACCUCCACGUGAAGUGCGCCGUGUUGAUAUCAUAUGACUGCAGACGAAAAAAAGUCACCCUACCCGCAGACAAAUAAGGGGAAUAUAGUUCGACUUGGAUUAGCUGCGCUUGCGUUAGAUUUAAGACAAUCGUGAUAAAUCUGUGUUCUCGGUAAUAGUGUUAAUGCCAGCCAACGCAGGGUAUACUUUUAGUCAGUCCCGAAGACUGUCUGAACCAGCGGGUGUAAAGAGCAUUCUCCCUCCGUCCUCGCUCUUUUCUCUCUAGCACAGGGUCACACGUGAUCUUGUUGCCAAAAGCCGGGCCAGAACUAUUCAACACUCCGUGUGAACAAAUUUAAGUCGAGGCAUGUUUAAAAUGUUGUGAACACGCUGGCCAGACCAGUCUUUAAAUUUGGUGGCAACUGUACCGCACGCAGAACCGCAGGUGUGUUGCCUAUUCGCUAGGGGCCAUAAGGCGCUAUUAUUCGAGCAGACGUGAGAAGACGAUCGGCUGAGCGGCCAGCGCGUAUGCAUGAGGCACAGUGCACCCCAAAAAAGGAGGCUCUGGCAAACUACCCGGUACCUUUUAAUUCACUUCUAAUACCACCACAUAUCAGUACAAUAUGUCUGAAAUAGACCGUCCACUUUUGUAGGUAUAGUGAAGAACAUGCAGACGUGCGAGCGGGUUUGCCCACCGUCCUCACUGUCCGGGCGAGUAAGAUGGGAUCCUCCAGAAAUGCCGUCCAUUUUUUUUGACAGAAUCAUUGGGCAAAAUACGGGAGCUGGGCGCCUGCAAGACUCAGGGUAGGCCACUCCGCAGUACUCGCAUGCAUAGAAGGCGAGAUUUUGCCUACCUAACAGGCGCUCCGAGAGUCCGGACGUACUUUCUGGGUGAUCCCCAAGCAACCCGACUGUACUGCAUGUGGUACAUCAUAAUUUUUAAAGUAAGCGGAGCUUUUUACCCCCUCGGGAUGAACAAGAACAGCUGGCGAGUUCAUCGCCCGGCACCCGGUCCCUGGUUGUGAAGUGAUGUCAACAUGAAUUCAAUUGAACCGAGGUACUUGUGUGUGUAUGUGUUUACCAGUACCAGCCAGUCAGUUCACUCAAUAACACGUCCAGUCGGUGGGUGGGUCAUCUUUCUGGCCAUCGUCGUGGUCAACAUGGGUGUCCAAAAAUUUCUAGGAAAUUUGGCAAAACAAAUUUUGUUAUAUCUCUUAAAGUUUUGAUGUCCAGUUUUAUUUUUUCAAAUUUUUCUGGAAAUAUUUCAAUUUUUGCCGUUUUUUCUUGAGAAAUUUCCAACCUUUUUUCCGGAAAAAAAUCAGACUUUUCAAUCUGCAGCCCAAAAACAUAGGGCGCCGCGACGCCACCACGGCCUGCUCAGCGGCCAGCGGCCCGAGUGACGCGGUCACAACAAGUAAGGCGGCCGGGCGCGGCUGCGCGGCCAGGGUCACGGCCGCCUCAAAGGUCCCGCCGCCGCAUACCCGGAACGCAUGCCGCGGCUCCGCGUUCGUACUACGCGGCCACGCGGCGCGACCGAAGGAGGAGGCGAACUGUACAAAAAAAAAGUAAAUCACGGUCACUGUCACCCACACGAAAAGUAACUGUUAAUUUAGUCCACUACGACCAAGCGGACUUUCAGCACCCCUUUCACCACGAGAACCCGCGUAAUGGAAAUGCACGUAUUGAAAACUAAUGGAAAAAUUCCCGCUGAUUCGAGUUAAAAUUAGCGGGACUUUUUCCGUAAAAUUUUCAUCUACCUUGCCACUAUCGUGUUUGCAUGGGCUCCUAUUGGAAGAUUGAAACAGAAAAUCUGUAAUCUGUGCAAAGGGGUCGUUUGGUAGGGGAAUUCGGAGAUAGCUUCAUGGUUCUACACUAGAAUCUGAUAUCUGAUUUUUCACAGUGCAGGCUUCUGGCACGUGGAUGAUAUCUCACCUCAACCGCGCAUAGUGCUGUUAAAAGGCGCGAGAUUUAUUUUGGGACGUCGAGUGUUAUCUGACCUUUGGAUUGUAUGAAGUCGCCUUUUCGGCGCCAAAGGAAAAGAAUGCGGCCAGAAUAAACGACGCCAUUUGACCUCCUGCUGCGUGUCCUUUCGCUUGUCCGUCCCGUCCACUCCGAGCCGUCGUAAACAGAGGCAGCAGAGGCGCCUUGCGCCUUUGGAAUUGGUUGGUGCGAUUGGGGAGGGGGGGGGGGGUUCUAGCGCAGGGUCAUUGCCGCGCAGGGCUUGCUGUCGCCUGAUGCCGAGGCCCCCCUCCCCACCCCUCGAGUCUUCCCGCGUUAUCGAAAGAGUUCUGGGCCGGGAGAUGUUGCGCCGAAUCAGGCGAGAUAGGUCAGUGUAUGGGGGGCGGAGUAUAGGAAAUGCGCGCGCAUAGUCCAAUGGCUGUGGGCUGUGGGCGGAAUGCUUCCUCUCCUUCACCCGUGGCUGUACCACACAGAUCAAGAGAAAAAAACAACACUCACUCUGUUGAAUCAACACUGUGAAACCUUGCGAACCAUUUGUUCGUUUUACAACUCGCGUAGUGUAUAACGUUGCGAAGCAUGGCGAGUGGUGCAGGCUGUAAAUUAAUGAUAGUUUUUUAAAACCUCUCGUAUUCGGGAGUAAAGUGAAAUGUGAUAUGUAUAUUUUUACUACUUUACCAAGAACCUCGUUUCCCGGUGGUGGAGAACGUUGCAAGUGGAUUGAUUUAGUUCGAUUCUCUUCAUUAGUUCAUUCAGUCACCCUUCUCUUUCUUCGCAAGUAUGUAUGAGAUGACACGAUAAAAACCAACGCACUGAUUUCCAAGCAGCUCGAGUAACAAAAAAGAAAAGAAAAUCAUAGCAUUGAUUUCAUUUGAUUCUCAAAAGUGUUGCUUUGUUUUACCCCGACUGGCGUGGAAAUCAGUUCGAAGCCAGUUCGGUUUUAACAUCGUAUAUGAUACAAAACAUUAUUCUCGCAGCAAUUACCAGUUUCCGACUAAAAUUGUCCUUUUCUUUAUCUCUUUUACAUAAUACUGCCAAAGAUAGGAGGGUCUCGGAAUCAACUUUCGCUAAUCUUAGUUAAUUAUAAAAACCACUAGGAAUAAGGUCUUUUGAGUACUCGUUCGACUUCAACGAGAACUGGAGACACCCUGAUUGUUGCUCAACUAGCUGGUCUUACAAAAUCUACCACAUAGUUAGUUAAGUUUAUUAAUUGUACUUGUUUAAUAUACUGAUUGUACCUCCAUUCGCUAAAUAAUAAUAAUAAAGAAACAUACAAAAAAUGUUGUAGAAAAAUUACAAAAAUGAAGUAAUAAUAACGACAGAAACCCCAAAA